AUGCUCUCUCGGCUCCACCACCGGAAGCCCCACGGCGGGCAAGUGGAUCCCGAGGCCGGAGAAUCGGGCGGAUCCAGUAGCAAUCAAGGAGGCCCUGGAGUCGGCGACGGCGGUCUCAAUGGCACCAACAACAUGGUCGAUGAGAAGCUGGGGGAGUAUCCAGCCCUGGAUCGCUACAUUAGUAUCUACCGCGAGGAGGAGAAGCCCCAAGACGACACGCAGGGAAAGAAGAGGAAGAAACCCUGGUGGAAGUUUUGGCAGUUCCAAUCCGACGAGGAGGAACCCGUCGCCGCCGACCAGGGCGUCCCGGACCACUGGAUCGAGACGGACAUCCACCGAGGAAUCAGCACAAAUCAGAUCCCUGAACGGCGAAAGCUGACAGGUUGGAAUGAGCUGUCGGCCGAGAAGGAAAAUCUGUUUACCAAAUUUCUCAGCUUCUUUACCGGUCCAAUUCUUUAUGUCAUGGAGCUGGCUGCUUUGUUGGCCGUCGGUCUAGGCGACUGGAUAGAUUUUGGUGUCAUUGUCGGUAUCCUGGCCCUCAAUGCCUUUGUUGGUUUCUACCAGGAGAAGCAGGCCGCCGAUGUCGUGGCCAGUCUCAAGGGUGACAUUGCCAUGCGAUGUACGGUGGUACGCGACGGCCAGGAGCAGAAUAUUCUUGCGCGCGAGCUAGUCAUUGGUGACGUUGUCAUUGUCGGAGAAGGCAGUACCGUCCCAGCUGAUGCAUGUCUCAUCUGCGACGCCGACAGGCCAGAAGACCAGGAGGUCUACAAGCGCCUACGCGCCGAGGACAAACUCGGUCGCAGCGACGACGAUGAAGGUGAUGAUAGCCCAGAGGACGAGGGUGGCGGCAGCACCCACGCCAAGUCACCCGAGGAUAAACCCGCGCGGCGCGGCUCCGUCUACGUCAUGAUGCAGCACCGAAACCGGCCCCUCGUGGCGGUGGACCAGUCCGCCAUCACGGGCGAAUCGCUCGCCGUAGACAAGUACAUGGGCGACACCAUCUACUACACGACGGGCUGCAAGCGCGGCCGGUCGUACGCCGUCGUCACGGCCACGGCCAAGAGAUCGUUCGUCGGACGUACGGCCGACCUGGUGCAGGGAGCCAAGGACCAGGGCCACUUCAAGGCCGUCAUGGACAAGAUUGGCACGACGCUCCUGAUUCUCGUCAUGUUCUGGAUUCUGGCAGCGUGGAUAGGAGGCUUUUUCCGCAAUAUUCCCGUCACGGAACCGGGGAGCCAGAACCUGUUUCACUAUGCCCUCAUCCUCAUGAUUAUCGGUGUGCCUGUCGGUCUGCCUGUCGUCACGACCACCACCCUGGCCGUCGGCGCCGCGUACCUGGCCAAGCAGAAAGCCAUUGUCCAAAAGUUGACGGCCAUUGAAUCUCUGGCUGGUGUCGACAUUCUCUGCUCCGACAAGACGGGAACCUUGACAGCCAACAAGCUGAGCAUGCGCGAACCCUGGGUGUCCGAGGGCCAGGAUGUCAACUGGAUGAUGGCCGUGGCCGCUAUGGCGUCGUCGCACAACCUCAAGUCCCUCGAUCCAAUCGACAAGGUGACCAUCCUCAGUCUGAAGCGGUACCCGCAGGCGCGCGAGAUCCUGCAAAAUGGCUGGACGACGGACAAGUUCACACCGUUCGACCCUGUAUCGAAGCGCAUCACGGCCGAGGUCCAUCUGGGCAGCGACAGGUAUACGUGCGCCAAGGGUGCGCCCAGGGCCGUGCUCCGCCUGACCAACUGUUCCGAGGAGGCGGGCGACCUGUACAACGACAAGGCGCAGGAGUUUGCGCGUCGUGGGUUCCGGUCCCUGGGCGUGGCGUACCGCAAGAACGACGAGCCGUGGGUGCUGCUGGGCCUUCUGUCCAUGUUCGACCCGCCACGCGAGGACACGGCGCAGACCAUCAUCGAAGCCUUCCACCUGGGUGUGCCGGUCAAGAUGCUGACUGGAGACGCGCUGGCCAUCGCCAAGGAGACGUGCAAGAUGCUCUCGCUCGGGUCCAAGGUGUACAACUCGGAGCGGCUGAUCCACGGCAACGUGGCGGGGAGCGUGCAGCACGACCUGGUGGAGAGGGCGGACGGGUUCGCCGAAGUGUUCCCGGAGCACAAGUACACGGUGGUGGAGAUGCUCCAGCAGCGAGGCCACCUGACGGCGAUGACGGGGGACGGCGUCAACGACGCGCCGUCCCUGAAGAAGGCGGACUGCGGGAUCGCGGUGGAGGGCGCCAGCGAGGCGGCGCAGGCGGCGUCGGAUAUCGUGUUCCUGGCGCCGGGGCUGAGCACCAUCGUGCUGGCGAUCAAGACGUCGCGGCAGAUCUUUCAGCGCAUGAAGUCGUACAUCCAGUACCGCAUCGCGCUCUGCCUGCACCUGGAGAUAUACCUGACGCUGUCGAUGAUCAUCAUCAACGAGACGAUCCGGGCGGACCUGAUCGUCUUCAUCGCGCUGUUCGCGGACCUGGCGACGGUGGCGGUGGCGUACGACAACGCGCACUGGGAGCCCCGGCCGGUGGAGUGGCAGCUGCCCAAGAUCUGGGUCGUCAGCGUCGUGCUGGGCAUCCUGCUCGCCAUCGGCACCUGGGUCAUGCGGGCCACCAUGUUCCUCGACGACGGCGGCAUCAUCAAGAACUUCGGCUCCAUCCAGGAGGUCCUCUUCCUGCAGGUGUCCCUGACGGAGAACUGGCUCAUCUUCGUCACGCGGGGGGGCAAGACCUGGCCGUCGUGGCAGCUCAUCCUGGCCAUCCUGGGCGUCGACAUCAUAGCCACCCUCUUCUGCCUCUUCGGCUGGCUAUCCGGUACCGGCCAGCGCACCAGCCCCCCCGGCGCCUUCGACGGCCGCCACGACGGCUGGACCGACGUCGUCACCGUCGUCCUCAUCUGGCUCUACUCCUUCGGCGUCACCAUCAUCAUCGCGAUCGUCUACCUCGUCCUCAACAACAUCUCCUGGCUAGACAACCUAGGCAGGAAGAACAGGUCGAAGAAGGACACCGCCAUCGAGGACGCCCUCGUCAGACUCCAGAAGCUGGCCAUAGAACAGGAGACGGACUCUUCCGGUCGUACCAGGUACUUUAUCGCCGAGAAGGCUGGCGAGGACGAGGAUGACUUGUAA